AUGUUAAUCUCUGUUACGCUAGGUCUGACGCCUGAUGAAUCAUAUGAUAACAAGAGCGAGGUGAAGGAGAGUUUGGCUUUGGCCUACAAGCAGAACCUUGAAGAUAAUUUGAAAGCAGAACUUAAAGACACCAGCGCCUGCAACAAUAAUCCUUCUCAACCUGCAUCAUCAGAAGACAAUAAAUUUAGGAAAUGGCCUACAACUUGGUGGCAGCAAAUGACUGUCUUGUUCAGCAGAGUGAAGGAGAGGAAGCAUGAGUCCUUCUCUGGCCUCAGGAUUGGACAGGUCGUUGCUGUGGCUUUGCUCUGUGGGUUAUUGUGGUGGCGGUCUUCCUCCGUAGAAGAUCAGACUGGUCUUCUGUUCUUUAUGUCUGGAUUUUGGGGUUUCUUCCCUCUCUUCCAAGCAAUUUUCACAUUCCCGCCAGAACGCAAAAUGCUUGAGAAGGAACGAACUUCUGGCACCUACCGACUUUCCUCCUACUUCAUGUCAAGAAUCCUCGGUGACCUCCCCAUGGAACUUGUUCUCGCCACUGUAUUUAUCACCAUAACAUAUUGGAUGGCAGGUCUCAAAUACACAACAGCAAACUUUUUUCACACAUUGUCAGUUCUUCUCCUCCUUGUCUUGGUAGCUCAAGGAAUGGGACUUGCUCUUGGCGCUGUGGUCAUGGACCAAAAAUCGGCGACAGUACUCGGAUCAGUUCUCAUGUUGUCAUUUCUUCUCGCCGGUGGUUACUAUGUUCAACACGUGCCUCCUUUCAUAGCUUGGAUUAAGUACAUUUGAAUCAGUAAUUAUGCAUACAAGCUGCUAAUAGGGUCUCAGUACACAAGGAGGGAUACUUUCCUCUGUGAUUCAGACGCUACAAGGGUAUGUUUGGCUGGGGAUUCCCCAAAUAUCAAAAGUGUGGGGCUUGAUGGACAAGUGAUUGCUGUGGUGGCUUUGGCUAUAAUGCUUGUGUUUUAUAGACUCGUUGCCUAUAUCGCCCUCAUGAGGAUUGGGGUUACGAAAAGCCACAAAGGCCCAAUUUGGCAUUAUUGUGUUGUGGUCAUAAUUGCUUUUGAAGCUGCUGUGAGCAGAAUUGCUUUUAAAACUGUUGUGAGAAGAAUUAGCUGA